AUAGUUUAUUUUCUGGUACCAAACAAUUGCAUGAAUCCUACAUUUCAAUGGCGGAAACCUUAAGCCCUAAUCCAACGAUGGCCCACAAAAAGAGGGUUCCCAUGUCCGCUCGUAUGCAGUCUCCGACAAGUGCCUUCUUCAUGGGCUCCAACGACGACCAGCUCGAACGGGCCCAGGCUCGUGCAGCCCGCGCCGCUGCCAUCCGCCACAACUCCAUUGCCGUCAACUUCCAUUCGCACCCUCCCAAGUCUCCUUCCUGUCUCAACAAGCACCAGAUUCUCGAGUUGUUCCACAACUGCAUAAAGCUCGCUUCCGAAAAUAAAAUUAAUCAGAAAAACACGUGGGAGUUGGAUUUGAUCGAUCAUCUCACUGAUAUUAUUAGGGUUGAAGAAGGGAAUCACGUGGAGACUAAUUUUCAAAUAGCAAGCUGCACUCUUGAAGCUGGAGUCAGAAUAUAUUCCUUGAGGGUGGAUUCGGUGCACUCGGAUGCAUAUAAAGUCCUGGCUGGAAUGAAUAGAGCAGGCCAAGAUAACCAGGAAGGCGCUACUUUAGGGAGUGUUAAUACUGAAAAUGGAGAGGCAAGCAGGAAGGAAGUUGAGAAAAAGUUGUCGCAUUUGUCAACAUUGGAAUCAUCUUUUGAGGUUCUUAAUAUAAAGAAGUUUGACGGUGAUCUCAAAUCUCUUUCUGUUUGUCACUUGUUUGUCAUGUGGGACAGAGACUGUGCUGACAAUGUAUUUGUUUGUUCAGUUGCAUUUGCAGUGGAUCCACUCUAUCACCAUACAUCAGCAAAAUUUGAUGAAGGUGGAGCCAAAAGCCUUUUGAUGAAUAAUCUUGGUGUAUAUGGUAAAUGUAGGGUGCUCUUUGAUUCACUAGAAGUGCCGCCGAAGUGCAUAACUAGUCAAAAUGAUCAUGAUAUUUCAGAUACAAUUGAUCUUUCUUUCGCUAGAGACUGUGUUGAACAGAUGAUAUUGAAUAUGCAUACGAAGGAUGCAAUCUCUCCAACUCUCAGGAUUAUAGUAAACCAAUCUGAUGAAAAUAAUGGAAGGCCUUUUGCUUUUCAAUCUUCUGGCGAGAAAUCAGCUGAAGAGUUUGAUGCCGCUAUUGAUUGUGAACUUGCCAUUGGAAAAAAAGGAUAUGAGAACUGCUCAUCUUGGAGUUAUGAUCACGAUAGCCAAACAUUUGCUGCUGAAUGGGGCUUUAGUGACGCAUACCCUAGUUUUCCAAGUUACCAUGAGGAAAAAGAACCUAAUAUGGAUGAUAUAUUUGACAAUGUUGAUGGAUAUUUAUUUUUGAGUCUGGGUUUUAGGUCAAAGAAAAAUUCAUGGGCAGGCCCUGAUCAUUGGAAAUAUCAAAAAGUUCAAGGCUCAACGUCAAAGGUUCGUUGUAAUUCCGAGGAUGAGUUGAUGAUUCAGAAAACCAGGCAGCCAAGGACAAUGAGAGAGGUCAAAGUUGAUUUAGAAUUCACUAGUUUUCUGGAGGAAAAAAUACCUGAUGUUUUUUCUCCUCCCAAGAAUCCGAAAUCAUUACUGGUCUCAGAAAAUAUAUCACCUUGCGUUACAAAACUUCCAGAUGACUGGCACUACGAACCAGAGGAUCUUAUCAAUUUAUUUCUUUUGCCUCAUGUAAAGUGUAUUAGGAGGAGAGCGAGAAAGGUACCAGAUGUCUUAGAAGAACAAUGCUAUAAUAACGAACCAUUCCCUUCCUGGGAUAAUGGAAGUGUUUGUGAUGGUGAUGUCACUGAUGUAAAUAAUGACACGGAAGACUCUAGCACACUUAUUUCUCUGCCUCGUCAAAUCAAUAAAAUUGAAGUCCAGUAUGACAAAAUAUCCAAACAAGUCAAUGUGCAGGCUCUGAAAAUAACACUUUGGGACCAUAUUCAAGAAUGUAUUCAACUUCCGUUUCAGGGUCACAGAGAAAAGGUAUCUUUCAGGCAUAUAUUGACAAACUUUCCAAGUAAAUGUAAUGCUGCUGCAACUAUUAGUGACAUAUCUCCACAUUUGUGUUUUAUAUGCCUAUUACAUUUGGCUAAUGAGAAGGGGUUGAGCAUCCAAAGUUGCCCCAACUUGGAUGAUCUUAGUAUAUGCCUACUUGAUGAUGGUGCCACUACCACCAGAACAAUUUAGAUACUGCUUCAUUCAACUAUAGCUUCACUUCAGGAGAAAGGAAAUAUGUUGACUAGUUUAUGUGCAGUUCCA